CGUCAGCAGCUGUCGGAAUACAAACAUGGCGACACUGGUGCUUGUUUAAAGAGUUUGGACGCGUUUUUACUCCUUUUACUAUAAAAGAACUUAAUUGUUUAACGGGUAACAACGACGAGUACAAUGGGCAACGCUGACACAAAACUAAACUUCCGUAAGGCCGUAGUGCAAUUGACGUCGAAAACUCAGGUGAUUGAUGCAUCAGAUGAUACAUUUUGGGACCAGUUCUGGUCUGAGAACGUUACCAAUGUUCAAGAUAUCUUCACUUUGAUUCCGGCCCCAGAAAUUCGUAUAUUAAGGGAAGAAGCACCUUCUAACUUAGCAACAUUGUGUUACAAGGCAGUUGAGAAGUUAGUCAAGGCAGUAGACAGUAGUUGCAGGACUCAGCGAGAGCAUCAGACUGUUCUGAACUGCUGCCGUUUACUCACACGUUUGUUACCUUAUAUAUUUGAGGAUUCUGACUGGAAAGGCUUUUUCUGGUCCAGCCUACCUGGGAAAGAUAAUGAGGAGAGUUUGCCAUUGGCCCAUUCUCUAUUGAAUGCACUCUGUGAUCUGUUGUUUUGUCCUGAUUUUACUGUAGCUGCUAGCAGAAAGUCAGGACCGGAUAAAGCCGAAGAGUUGCAGUCGAUAGAUAGUUGUGAGUAUAUCUGGGAAGCAGGAGUAGGUUUUGCAUAUUCACCACCCAGAUAUCCCAUUCUCGACUCAAAUCGUACGGAAUUGCUGAAACUGCUGUUGACAUGCUUCAGCGAAACGAUGUACAAUCCGCCGGUGGAUUUGUCAGUUAUGCCAAACAGAUGGAUUCAACACCUAACCAGCAGUGAAAACAGACAUGUAUUGCCUAUGUUCACGUCACUGUUGAACACUGUGUGUGCUUACGAUCCGGUCGGUUAUGGGGUGCCGUAUAAUCAUUUGUUGUUUACCGACUCCUUGGAGCCUCUCGUCGAUGUCGCAUUGCAGAUUCUAAUCGUGACAUUGGAUCACGAUACUACAGGCGGUGCGCCAUUGGAGGAGGGCACGAUCGGCGACAAUUUGUUCAUCAAUUAUUUAAGUCGAAUUCAUCGCGAUGAAGACUUCCAAUUUGUCCUGAAGGGUAUCACCAGAUUGUUGAACAAUCCACUGAUGCAAACUUACCUACCAAACUCAACCAAGAAAGUGCAUUUUCAUCAGGAACUGUUGGUAUUCUUUUGGAAGAUGUGCGACUACAAUAAGAAGUUCUUAUAUUACGUGCUAAAGAGCUCAGACGUCCUGGAAGUUCUCGUGCCGAUACUUUAUCACUUGAACGAUUCACGCGCUGACCAAUCACGAGUUGGUUUGAUGCAUAUUGGUGUAUUUAUCUUACUUCUCUUGAGCGGAGAGCGUAAUUUUGGCGUGAGACUGAACAAGCCGUACACAGCUACAGUGCCUAUGGAUAUUCCCGUUUUUACAGGAACGCAUGCCGACCUCUUGGUCACUGUAUUCCACAAAAUCAUCACGACUGGUCAUCAGAGACUGCAACCGUUAUUCGAUUGUCUGCUGACGAUCCUGGUCAACGUUUCGCCGUACUUGAAAACUCUGUCCAUGGUGGCAAGCACGAAAUUGUUGCAUUUAUUGGAAGCAUUUAGUACACCAUGGUUUCUAUUCUCGGCGCCCACUAAUCACCACUUGGUGUUCUUUCUACUGGAGAUCUUCAACAAUAUUAUCCAAUAUCAAUUCGAUGGGAACAGCAAUUUAGUGUAUACUAUAAUACGCAAACGGCAAGUGUUCCAUGCGCUCGCGAACCUACCCAGUGACUGCAACACGAUCGCAAAGUCUCUCAGUAAGAGGCAGCGUCGUCAUGUACCCGCUAGCACAUCCAACGAGAAUGUCAGCGAAGCCGCGAUGGAAGGAUCGCAUCCAGCGCAACCCGCCGAGCCCGGCACUCUGAAGGCGUCCUUAUUGGAAACUCCAGGUAUAGAGAAGAUGACGGAGAAAGAAUCAGCGCAUCCGCUGAGUCCAGCAGCGAGUGUCGACAUUGGCAAGUCCAUCAAUAAUCGCGAGUGCAAAACUCCGGACGUUACGGAGGAAGAUUCGACGAACGCGAUCAAAAACUCCGUAGUACCGAAGGGAGGCAUUCGUGUGGCGGAGCAGGCGAAUAAUUCCAACGUCAACAAUGUGAACCAGUGGGUGCCGUCCAGCGACUGGGUGUACCAAUGGAAGAGCAAGCUUCCUUUGCAGACCAUCAUGCGACUGCUUCAGGUGCUUGUGCCGCAGGUCGAGAAGAUCUGCAUCGACAAAGGACUGACGGACGAGAGCGAGAUCUUGAAAUUCCUGCAACACGGUACCUUGGUCGGCCUGUUACCGGUACCGCAUCCUAUUCUUAUCAGACGAUAUCAGGCUAAUCCUGGCACGACUGCAUGGUUUCGCACGUACAUGUGGGGCGUGAUAUAUCUGAGAAACGUCGAGCCACCCAUAUGGUACGACACAGACGUCAAGCUGUUCGAAAUCCAAAGGGUUUAGAUAGCGCACGGAGAAUGAUCGCUAGAUUCUCGUAUCUCGUUAUCGUUUGCGCCAAAUAUUGUUGCUGGCAGUGCGCAAGAGGCUGAGAUUCAUCAAAUUCGCUAUCGUGUACGAUGAAAUUUAUUAUUAGUGCCGUUGCUAUGAACAUUAAUCGAAAUGAAAGAUUCUUGACGGAACAUA